AUGGAGAAAGCAAAAAGACGCUCUUCAGCUGCCACGGGCGGCGCUGGACGAGGGAGAGGCUCGGGAGUUCGACCAGGAGAUCCCGUACCAGCCGGCCGAAGAAGAAGAUACCGACCUGGAACGCUGGCGCUGCGUGAGAUCAGGAAAUUGCAGAACAGCACCGAUCUGCUCAUUCGAAAGCUCCCAUUCUCCCGUCUCGUGCGAGAGAUUGCCCUUUCUUUCCGGCCGCGAGACGAUGGCAUGAGAUGGCAGUCGCAAGCCAUACAAGCACUUCAAGAAGCAGCCGAAGCCUUCCUCGUACACCUUUUCGAGGACACGAAUCUAUGCGCCAUACACGCCAAGCGUGUAACCAUUAUGCAAAAGGAUAUUCAGCUUGCCAGGCGUAUCCGUGGCGUCUGGGGUGGCAUUGGCUAA